UAGGGUAACGGUGUUAAUUAUAUUUUUAUAUAUAUAUGGUAGAGGCCGUUUUUAAUUUGAUCCAUCAUUGAACUAGACAAGACAGCAUGAUUAGCUCAAACUUUCACUUGUCCCGUUUCCUUCAACUGUAAUGAAACGUGAAAUAUACCAAGAGAGAAAAGAGUGACUCUUCAUCUCUCUCGACAGCAAAGCUUCAUCAUUUCGUUUUCUUUUCUUUCCUUUUCAUCUCUUCUUCUAUAACCCCACCAUUAAAUUAAAAUCAUAUAUCAUCCUCACAAAAUAACUUAUUAGACUAACACCAAAAUGGUUUGAUGAUUACAUGCAUUUAUAUGGCGAUGGCUAAGAAAGUUAUAGGUUAAGAUCAAUGGAUACAAACGAAUCAUGCGUUCCACCUGGAUUUCGAUUUCAUCCAACAGAUGAAGAACUUGUUGGAUACUAUCUUAGAAAGAAAAUUGCAUCACAAAAGAUUGAUCUUGAUGUUAUUAGAGAUAUUGAUCUCUACAGAAUUGAACCGUGGGAUCUUCAAGAUAAAUGCCGGAUCGGAUAUGAAGAGCAGAAUGAGUGGUAUUUCUUCAGCCACAAAGAUAAGAAGUAUCCCACAGGGACCAGAACUAAUAGGGCAACAAUGGCUGGGUUUUGGAAGGCAACAGGAAGAGACAAAGCUGUAUACAAUAAAUCAAAACUUAUAGGCAUGAGAAAAACCCUUGUCUUCUAUAAGGGUAGGGCACCUAAUGGACAAAAAUCUGAUUGGAUCAUGCAUGAAUAUCGUCUAGAAUCUGAAGAAAAUGGUCCUCCACAGGAAGAAGGAUGGGUGGUUUGUAGAGCAUUUAAGAAAAAAAUUACAGGACAAACAAAGAGUAAUAAUAUGGUUGAAGGAUGGGAAUCAAAUUAUUUCUAUGAUGAAGCAACUACUACUACUACUACAAUAAGCUCCAUAGUGGAUCCUCUUGAAUACAUCACAAGACAACCUCCAAAUCUUUCAAAUAAUAAUUUCAAUAAUCUACUAUGCAAACAAGAAACAUCAAUGGAUCAAGCAGCUGAAAACAAUCUCAACUUUUCUUAUACAAAUUCAGAUCAAUUCAUUCAGCUUCCACAGCUCGAAAGCCCUUCACUACCACUCCUAAAAAGGCCAAUUAGCUCCAUGUGUCUCGUCUCCGAUAACAACAACAACAACAAUAAUAAUAAUCAUGAAGAAGAUGGAAGCAAAAAUGUUACGGCUGAUUGGAGAGCACUUGACAAAUUUGUUGCUUCUCAAUUGAGUCAUGAAGAGACAACGUUAUACGAAGAUGAUCAGCACAAUUGUUCCGAUUUGGGAAUGUUGCUAUUGCUGAGUGAUAGAGGAGAAGGACCUAAGCUGAAUGAGAUCUUGAGUUCGAGCUCUGAGGAUAGUGAUAUUGGUAUUUGUUUAUUUGAUAAAUGAAGAAAAUACGAUCCAUUUGAAGCUAUUAUACAUAUAUAUAUAUAUUAUAUAUAUUAUGUAAGUAAAAGUUAUUAUUUGUGAAAUUAUUAAUGAGUGAAGAGAAUCCAUCCAUUGUACGUAUUGGAGUUGAUUAUAUAUAGAAUUGCGAGGAU